GCAAACAUCCUGACAGUCAUCAUCCUCUCCCAGCUCGUGGCUCGCAGGCAGAAGUCCUCCUAUAAUUACCUUCUAGCUCUGGCUGCUGCUGACAUCCUGGUCCUCUUCUUCAUCGUCUUUGUCGACUUCCUCAUGGAAGACUUCAUCUUAAACAAACAGAUGCCUCAGGUUCUGGACAAAAUCAUCGAGGUGCUGGAGUUUUGGUCGAUCCACACGUCGAUCUGGAUCACGGUGCCGCUGACCAUCGACAGGUACAUCGCCGUGUGUCACCCGCUGCGGUACCACAGCGUGUCCUACCCCGCCCGCACCCGCAAGGUCAUCGGCAGCGUCUACAUCACCUGCCUGCUGACCAGCAUCCCCUACUACUGGUGGCCCAACAUCUGGAUCGAGGACUACACCAGCACAUCCGUGCACCACGUGCUCGUCUGGGUGCACUGCUUCACCGUGUACCUGGUGCCCUGCUCCAUCUUCUUCAUCCUCAACUCCAUCAUCGUGCACAAGCUGCGCCACAAGAGCAAUUUCCGCCUGCGGGGCUACUCCACGGGGAAAACCACGGCCAUCCUCUUCACCAUAACGUCCAUCUUCGCCAUCCUGUGGGCGCCCAGGAUCAUCAUGAUCCUGUACCACCUGUACGUGUCGCCCAUCGCCAACAGCUGGCUGGUGCACAUCGUGUCGGACAUCGCCAACAUGCUGGCGCUGCUCAACACCGCCAUCAACUUCUUCCUCUACUGCUUCAUCAGCAAAAGGUUCCGCACAAUGGCAGCUGCCACCCUCAAAGCCUUCUUUAAGUGUCAGAAGCAGCCCGUGCAAUUCUAUACAAACCACAACUUUUCCAUAACGAGCAGCCCUUGGAUCUCCCCGGCCAACUCGCACUGCAUCAAAAUGCUCGUUUACCAGUACGAUAAAAAUGGAAAGCCUAUAAAGAUAUCGCCGUGA